UUUAAGGGCAAUAAUGUAAUAUCAUUUUAUUAUGAUUAUUUUUAUUAUUAUAGAAGAAGCCCACACUAAUCACAAUUCUUUGUAUUCUUAACUACUCACAUCGCCGCUUCUUAACUAACACCUCAAUCAAACCAAAACAUUCACACAAAAUUCCUUCUCCAAAAUAAUUCCCUUUGAUCACAAAGAGAAAUUUACAUUCUGAUGUUUGUCAAUUGAAUCUAUGAGUGUAUCGAGUCGUGCCUGCCCUCCAUUCUCCGUUGUCGGCAAUUAUUGGUAUGUCCGGUUCUUUGUAGUGUUGAAAAUAAGCAUGGCGAUUAUGCAAGAGUCCGACGGCAAGUCGUAAAAAACGAUGUGCAUGGUUUCCGUAUAUUUCGCAUGAUUUUUGGUGAUGAAACUCGAAUGUUUGUCAAGGGGUUACAUAUGAAUGUGCCGUCAUAUAAGAAAUUAUGUGCGCUUCCAGUUUGUGCUUUUCUCGGAAUUCUUUAAGGUUCACAAUUCUGUAAUUGUAUUCUUAAGCAAUAUAUAUUAGUCACAAUUCUUUGUAUUCUUAUUAUUCCUACACUAAUCAUAAUUCUUUAAUUCUAUUCUUAAGCGAUAUAUAUUAGUCACAAUUCUUUGUAUUAAUUAUAUGUUUGUUCAAGUAGAUAACCGACCUUAUUAUUGUAGAUGCAGAUUUAACAAGACUUUGAUAGCUUCACUUUCCAAUUCAGCCAGGUUAUUAUCCGAAUAACUUUUGGGCAGAAAAGCAAGUCACUUAUCAUAGGAGAUGAUUAACAGAAGAAGAUAUUAUUAUUUUGAUUGGUCUAUUAGUUAAUUGUUUCGUAGUAUUUUUAUUGUUUGAAAUCCUAUCCUUCACCUUAUUCCCUUAAAAAAAAGGAUUCAUACAUAAAUAUUAGUUAAUUGUUUCGUAGCAUUAGGAAAUAUUAUUAUUGAGUAUUACUUACACUUUAGAAGGGGAAGAUGAUUUCCUAUAUAUACUCCAACAGCAAAUAUCCAUGUGAUAAUAAUUGGGUGUCACAAUUUUAUGUUUGCUAUAUAUAUAUAUCUGAUUCAAACCUCAAUAUUACAGUUUUUUUUUUCUUUGUGCUGAAGUAUGAGUGCUCGGAAUUUUUCAUCCACGUCAAACUCCCUUCCAGCUACAGAGGUAUAUCGACAAAGAAGACUUUCACAAAUGAAAAGGAAACGUUCGAAAUUAAAACAACAGAAUUCAUGUGAUAUCAAUAGUUCUAUACUAAAUGAAUUAAAAAAGGUGUCUGAUUGCACUUAUUGCGGAGCUACAAAAUUUGAAUACGAGCCUCCUACUUUUUGUUGUGAUAAUGGAAAGGUUAUACUUCCAUUUUCUGAAAUUCCCGAAGAAUUAUAUGAAUUGUUUACAUCUGAAUCACAAGAAGCUAUGGAUUUCCGAAGAAAUAUCCGCUCAUACAAUUCUAUAUUCUCAUUUACUUCAUUUGAAGUGAAAUUGGAUAAAGAGCUUGCAUCUUCAAGACGAGGAAUUUAUUCUUUCCGAGCACAAGGAAUGGUUUAUCAUGAUCUUCCGGGAUUGACACCACAAGAUUCAACCCCUUGCUUUUUUCAAUUAUAUUUUUAUGAAACAGGAAGUGAGGUAGAGAACAGAAUGAACAUAAUGCAAAAUCAAAAUAUCUCAGAAACAGUAGUGAAGAAGAUCAUAAAAAUUUUGGAAGUCAAUCCAUAUGCAAAAGUUUUUCGAAGAUUGAAAGAUUAUCCUUAA